AUGCGCAAGCAAGUUUCCCUUCUAAGUGGGUCGAAUCCAGCUGUGUUGAACCAGAAGCAAACUUCGACGACAAAUCGUUUAGCCUCCGUUACGAUGAUGCCUCAGGGGAAGAUUCAAGAAUCUGUAGUGGAGACGGAGAAACCACAACUUAGAUUAGACUACAGCACUAUACCACCACCCAAAUAUCAGGCGCCACAAUUCACCGAAAUGCAAGGACUCAAUGUCAAUGCUUCUUACACUGCUCCUUCAACCUCGUAUAAUUCCGCCAUGCGCCCAGCUGAGUCGGCUGGAGCUGCGUUACAUCAAAAGCCAACUCCAUCGACAAGUUCGUUGGCUUAUGCUAAGGCAACACCGAAUGGGAACAUUGAAAAAUGCAAUGUGGAUAUGGGGAAACAGCAACUGCAACCAGAUGACAACACUAUGCCACUUCCCAUGUAUCAGGUACCACAAGUCAAUGGAAUGCAGGGAUUCAGUGGUAGUUAUUAUCAGCCUGCUCCUGCUACAUCGUGCAACUUUGCUUUGGGCACAGAUGAUUUAAAUUGGGGCGCGUUGAACCAGAUUCCAAUUUUGACGACGUGCGCGUCCUUUAAUUAUGAAAUGACGCCUCUUGAUAAGAUUGUAGAACUUCAGCUGUGGAACAUCAAUCAGUUAUGGCAGCAAUUUCAAUCAAAGCUCGCUGCCUGUACUGCUACUCUUGCAGCUCUUUGCAAUUCCCCUUUACAUCCAGAGAAGCCAUCAUAUUGCUUCGCAGGCAUGCGUAUUAAUGUUUUUUUUUUCACUUCGUCUGAAACACUGUCAGCGGAGGUCCUUUCCCUUCUAAAUGGAUCGUAUCCAGCAGUGUGGAACCAGAGGCAACUGCGACCAGAGGACAGCACUAUGCCACCGCCCAUGUAUCAGGUGCCACAAUUCACUGGAAUGCAUGGACACAAUGGUAGUUCUUGUCAGCCUGCUCCUGCUACAUCGCAUAAUUUCGCUAUGGGCCCAGAUGUGUCGAAUUAUGAAGAGGUGACGACAGGUGAAGAGAAUCAAGGCUCGGAGGUGAUGGAAACAUCGGAAUUGCUAGAGAAACAACUCCGUCUUAAGGACCACACACAAGAAUCAACACAAGGACAAGAAAGAGACAUUCCUGAUAUGCAGGAAAUCGGGUUAUGCUCAUGUCGUCCUGCACCUGCACAAACAACUCAACAUGCAGAAUAUUGCAAUUGGCCAUGUAAAUCUUAG